UGCCGUAGGCGUGGAGGCAAGAUGGCAGCCCCCGCCUUCACCCGUGCCGUGAGAGCCGCGUCAGGAAUCUUACGGCCCCUGAAUAUUUUGAUGUCUUCAGCCUAUGGAAACUGUGCCAAGAAUGCCUGCCUUAGUUCUGUACUGUCCACCCGACAGUUUCGUUAUAUGCAGACACCAUUUGUUUCAUCUGCUCCCAGACUUACCACAUCCGUCAGGAACCUGACAUGUGGGCAUACUGCAACAAUCCUCAAUAGAGUGACCCCCUGGCUUUCAAAUGUCCUGAAGCUACCAGUCAGAACUGUAACGUACUUCAGCGCACAAAAAGGCAAGAGAAAGACUGUGAAAGCUGUCAUCGAUAGGUUUCUUCAAUUUCAUUCUGGCCUUUGGCUAAGGAGGAAGGCUGGUUAUAAGAAAAAAUUCUGGAAAAAGACGCCUGCAAGAAAAAGACGCCUGAGGGAAUUUGUGUUCUGCAAUAAAACCCAGAGUAAGCUCUUAGAUAAAAUGACAACGUCUUUCUGGAAGAGGCGUAACUGGUAUGCUGAUGAUCCUUAUCAGAAGUAUCAUGAUCGAACAAACUUGAAAGUAUAGACCAAAAAUUUUAUGAUUCUCAGUUAUUGAAUAUGUAUAUUUGUGUAUGUGAUGUCUUUGCAAAAAUGAGUAAGUUAAUAUUUGAUAUAAAUUAUGCCAAUUGGCAUGGAAACAUAUGAUACCAAUAUUAAACUAUGAAAGUUUUAAAACUUAAUGGAUUAAAUAUUCCCAGAUCUGUUCAAGAACAGACAAGUUUAAAAUUGUUGAUUAUUUUAACAAAUGGUAAUGGCUUAAUUAGUUCUUCCAGUUAGGCUUAUUUAGUUGCAAGGAAUCCAAGUUAGGACAGACAUAGGAAGACUACAAAAAGCAAGUUAACUGAAGCAGUGUGACAUUAUUUUAAGGGUGCGUACCUGGAAACUCAGGAACCACCCCACCAGCCCCAUCUCCCACCAGAACUAACCGCCAGGCAUCCGGAAGAGCAGAAAUUAUAUUGAUCCACCUCUAGAGGCCUCAGCAACAGGA